CGCUACAGCGUCAAAGUGUAGCUCGAUGUUUUGAGCACUUCUCAUUAUUUAACCAUUAAAUAAGUGUUCUUUGAGGAAAGCGCCGCGGUGGCACGAGAGGGGACAUGGCGGUGUAUUUUGAUCACCGUAUCGAGGCCCCUGAAAGCAGCGAUGUCCCCUUCCAGCUGUCCUGGCACCCAGCUCUGCCUGUCCUGGCUGUGGCCUCCAGCAGCCCUGCCUCUGGGGGAAAUGUAGACCUCUACCUACAGCAGGGGGAGUAUGUGGAGAGCUGCCACACAGAACGCCCUCACCAGCCCGCAGUGCUGCGCUGGCAUCCCAUUAAACCAGUGCUGGCGGUCGGCUGGGAGAACGGAGACGUGGUGCUGCUGACACACCCGUCCGGAGACCAGCCGGUUCUUCCCAGCACACACACAGCCGGCAUCACGCUGCUGGAGUGGAGUAGCUCCGGAAGCCGCCUGGUCACUGGCGACCAGACUGGAGUUCUGGCAGUUUGGAAAGUAGAUGCCAGAGGGAGACUUCAAGGAAACCAUUUAGUGAAGCAUGAAUACGGUAACCCGAUAACAUGCUGCAUCUUCAGACCUGCCUUACCUGGAGAUGAUGUGGCAAAGCUUGCUCGAGCAUCAGUGAGCGGCGAUGAGACUGCUCUGGACAUGUUCAGCUGGAAGGGGGCGCCCCUGAAGAUGGGCCCACAGGAGGGACUGGCCUUCUACGUCAGCACUGCAGAUGGUAAAGUCCACAGUGUGGAUGAGCAUUGCAAGACGGCCACCCUCCUCAGUGUGGAGGGCUCCAUCAAGACACUUCUGUACCUUGAUAAGAGAGAGACCCUGGCAGUGAUCACAGAGACCCUCAUGCUGUCUCAGUACACUCUGCUCCCUGCGGGCGGAGCGCAGGAGUUUAUGAAGGUUAAGCUGAGCGGGAAGUCUGGACAGAAAGUGGACAUUAUCUGGACAGAGAACAGCCUCCUCAUCACCGCGACGGGGGAGCAGUUCAUCAGGCUGUGGGACCUGGAGAGAGAUGACAACUACAUUUUGUCUCUUGAUGAGACUUUGGGGUUCGAAAGGGGAGAGAUGAUCAACUGCGUUUCAUUCUGUGCAGGAAAAGAAAUCCUAGCAGCUGGUACUUCACAUGGACGCAUAGCAAUGUGGAGGAUGGUGGUGCAGCCCGGGAGCAGCAGAGGGGACAGCAAGGCCCAGUGGAAGCUGCAAACGCCCACUGAAGUCCACGGGAACGUCACUCAGCUCCAGUGGGGCUCCAGCCUGAACCUGCUGGCCGUCAACAAUUCCAACACGGUGGUGAUCCUGUCCGAGCACGUCAUGUCGGCAGAUUUCAGCCAGCAGGUGGCAGCAGUGCAGCUCACCCCGACUCAGCUCAGCAUCACUCAGUUCACCUCGGGGCUGCACGUGGCUCUGCAGUCUGACAUUCACAUCAAGGGAGUGUGUGUCACCAAGGACUCAGUCACAGUGUGGAACGGAAAGCAAGUCACUGUGUACGAGCUUUCAGGGACAGUUUUGAGAAACACAGGAUCGUUCCUCUGUGAUUCCCAUGUGGUAGCUGUAUAUGAAGAGAACCUGUACACUGUGGAGCCAAGCAGGGUGCAAAUCCGCACGCCACAGGGCACAGUGAAGCAGCUUCUAACCUUCAGCAAAGCGGAGGGAAACCCCGUGCUGCUCCAUGUGUGUCAGUCCUACCUGGCGGUGGGAACGGACGCGGCACACAUCCGGGUUUUCGACCUUUCAAGACGAGAUGCCAAAGCGCACUGUAGUGCUAAGAACCUGGCUGACCAGAUCUCCAACCUGGGAGCCCUGAGGUCAGUCAAGUGCAACGCCAACGGCAGUCAAGUCAGCAUCCUCAUCUCUCAGGUUAACGGUCGACCCGAUCACAAAGUGUACUUUUACGACGUAGAGAUGGACACUGUGACACACUUUGACUUCUUCACGGGCAGACCGUCCAGCGGCAUCUCGCCGCAGGAUGAAAACGAAAAGCAGCAAAUGCAGGGGGCGGAGCUCAGCGGUCGCUGUCCCGUAUCUCACUUCUGGGACGAGUCUGAACCUCGCCUCUUUGUUUGUGAAACAGUGCCAAUCAGCUCCGAAUCCUCAUCAAGCAGUUACCUGGACAUGGUGGAUGUGUCAGUGGUGACACUCUUCUGCACCCAGGAGCAUGGGCUCCUCCUGCAGGACUGCUACCCCAAACCCCCGGGCCUUCAGGCCCUCCUCGCCCUCGCUGUUCCGUAUUAUUAUUUCAGCUGCAAGCCUGGAGAAACGGACCCAGGGUUCACGGAGGCUCCGUCAGCUCCACACCAGACCCAGCCGGCCAGAGCGCCGCCCGCUCAGGUCCCCCACAUGGUGUCCAGGCGAGCGCUGAGGGACUUCGUGGGCCUGGAGAACUGUGAGAAGGCCACGCGGGACGCCAUGCUCAACUUCAGCUUCUACCUGACCAUCGGCGACAUGGACGAAGCCUUUAAGUCCAUCAAGCUCAUCAAGAGCAAAGCGGUCUGGGAAAACAUGGCACGGAUGUGUGUGAAAACACGGCGGCUGGACGUGGCACGUGUGUGCCUGGGGAAUAUGGGAAAUGCCAGAGCGGCCAAGGCGCUGAAGGAGGCGGAGGCCGAGCCCGAGCCCGAGGCUAGAGUGGCCAUGUUGGCCAUUCAGCUCGGCAUAUUGGAAGACGCAGAGAAGCUGUACAAGAGCUGUCAGCGCUAUGACCUCCUCAACAGCUUCUACCAGGCGUAUGGCCGAUGGCAGGAAGCGCUGGAGACAGCUGAAAGCCGCGAUCGCACCCACCUGCGCACCACCUACUACAACUACGCCAAAUAUCUGGAGUCCAUGGGGGACAAGUCGCUGGCGCUCGCUUAUUAUGAGAAAUCAGACACACACAGAGUUGAAGUUCCCAGAAUGCUCCAGGAUGACACAACAUCUCUGGAGAUCUACGUCAACAAAAUGAAAGACAAGAAUAUCUAUAAGUGGUGGGCGCAGUACCUGGAGAGCCAGUCAGACUUGGACUCAGCGCUGCGAUUCUACGAGUCUGCGCAGGACUACCUCUCUCUCGUCCGAGUCCACUGCUACAUGGGGAACAUUCAGAAGGCGUCUGAGAUCGCCAAUAACACAGGCGACAGGGCAGCGUCGUACCACCUGGCCAGACAUUACGAGGGCCAUGACGACAUCAAACAAGCCGUCCAUUUCUACACUCGAGCCCAGGCCUACAACAACGCCAUCAGGCUCUGUAAGGAGAACGGCCUGGACGACCAGCUGAUGAACCUGGCCCUGCUCAGUAACCCUGAGGACAUGAUGGAGGCGGCCUGUUACUACGAGGAGAAAGCCACACACAUGGACCGAGCCGUGGCUUUAUACCACAAGGCUGGUUAUGUGUCUAAAGCUCUGGAGCUGGCCUUCAGUACGCAGCAGUUCUCCGCUCUUCAGCUGAUCGCCGAGGAUCUGAAUGAAAACUCGGACCCGGCCCUCCUGGCUCGCUGCUCAGACUUCUUCAUCACUCACUCGCAGUAUGAGAAGUCAGUGGAGCUACUGGUAGCAGCCAAGAAGUACUACGAAGCCCUGGAGCUGUGUGUGAGCCAGAACCUGACCAUCACUGAGGAUCUGGCCACCAGAAUGACUGUAACAGACUCAAAGGACUUGUCUGAAGAGGCUCGGAAGGAGCUGAUGGAGAAGAUCGCCGACUGCUGCAUGCGUCAGGGAAAUUACCACCUGGCCACCAAGAAAUACACACAGGCAGGCAACAAACUCAAGGCAAUGAGAGCGCUGCUCAAGUCAGGUGACACGGAGAAGAUCGUUUUUUUUGCCAACGUUUGUCGUCAGAAGGAGCUUUUCAUCAUGGCCGCCAACUACCUCCAGUCUCUGGACUGGCAGAAAGACCCGGAGAUCUUAAAGACAAUCAUCGGUUUCUACACGAAAGGCAGAGCGCCAGAUCUGCUCGCUGGCUUCUACGAAGCCUGCGCUCAGGUGGAGAUUGAUGAUUACCAGAACUAUGAAAAAGCUCUGGACGCUUUGACUGAAGCUGCCAAGUGUCUCUCGAAAGCAAAGGACUCUUCAUCCGGGCAGCAGGAACUCAGGCUGGCCGACCUGCGCCACAAGAUCACCCUCAUCAAGAAGUUCGUCCACAUACGCAGGCUGUAUGCUGAGGAUGCCGGAGACGCGGUGCGGUUAUGCGAGUCUCUGUCGGAGGAGCCGGACAUAAACCCUGCCGUCCGAGUCGGAGACGUUCUGGGCUUCCUGAUCGACCACUACUGUCAGCAAAGCAACUACCAAGCGGCUCAUCGGAAGGUGGAGGAGUUCAACAAGGCGUCUCCCUCGGAGAGCAUCCGGCACUACAUCAGCCCGGAAAGCCUGCAGGCUCUGCACAAGACGGGUCUGUCUCUGGACCGGGCCGACCGCAGACACAGCUCAAAGGAGGAGGACGAAGUGGAGGAGGACUUAAAUGAAUAAUUAAUGUCUCGUCUGACCAUGUUUCAUAGUUUGCACUUUUAUAGACCGGACACAACUGUUGUGCUCGUUCGAUCCGGAACAGCAGCGACGUGGCGUGUCGGAGCUGCCAAAGUCACACAAGAAGCACAGCUGGUGGCUGCAAUUAAAGGCAUUUGACUAUCACAAAGAGAGUGAAAAAGAAAUGAAAAAUAAAGAAAGAGAACAUGUGAGUAUUUAGCAUUUCCCACAGGAACCAUGAAGAGCAGGCUCACCUUCAGAACAAGCUACCUGAACCUCUGAGGAAAGAAACUCCUACUGGACGCUGCGGGUUAUAAAACACAAGCAGCUGCCCGUAGAAAUGUUUUUUGCAUUAACAAAUGUGAGUAGGAACUGUAGUUUCAAAUUGUAUCUCUUCUGUUUUACGAGAAAUUUGAAUCCAGUCUUGUCUAAGAGGGACUGAUGAACACAGCUUGUUGCCUUUGAGCUGAAUUCGGCUCUGAACACUGUUACAGACAUCCGACUGUGUUUACAUGCUUUUGGUACGAUGUAUUUUUCACUCAACUGUGUAAUAAAUGUAAAUAUCCUUUCUGGUGUCCAGAGGGCUUUUUGCAGUUAUUUUUAUAACAAUAGAGGCCAUUUAGAAAGUGUC